UUACCAAGCUAGCAUGUAGCUUUUUGUCACUACUUUCGAUGGAUGUGGAUGAGACCAAUCAUUAGCUCACAUAUACUGUCACCGCAUUUAAGCUGUUUGUUAAAAUGGAUAUGUUAAGAGACGAAGAAGUGCAUGAGCUGAAAUACAAACCUGGGGGCCGCUUGGAUAUGAGCCAUGGCUUCCUGCACCAUAUCCGGAGGAACCAGAUUGCUAGGGAUGACUAUGAUAAGCAAGCCAAAGAGGUGAAGCAAGCUAAAGAGCUUCAGCGGCGGAGGCACACCACAACCCCUAGACGACCCCGUCGACCUGAUAUCCAAGUGUACCAUCCUCGACGCAGACAUGGAUCAGAGCCGGGGACCAGUGCUGAGGCUGAAGAGUCUAAUGAGAGUGGGUCGAGCACAGAGACAGAGACCCAUGGUACUGAACUCUUCUGGCUUGACUAUCAGGCAGACUCUGGUACCAUUACCUCCUUCCUUGUGCACAAGGAGGAUAAGCCUGAGAAGGUGGUGGAACGUGUCACAGAGAAGAACAUCCUAGAUUCAGCCAUGAGGGCAGCUUUAGAGGCUCGAAUUCAAAAGGAAAUUGACAAAAGACGAGACAAACGCUGAGUGAUAUUCUCAAAUA